CGGUACGCCAGGAGUUACGGUGAAAUUGUCUUAGUCUCUUCAUCUGAAGUUAUUGCUGUCUCUCUCUUCAGCUCAUAUUUGAUUUUCCUCAUCACUGAAAAUCAAGAUGCAUAGAUCCUACCAGCCAAUUACGCCUGCCAAUAACAAGCUUCUAAAGAAAAGAUGGGACAUGAAUAGCUAUAACACGCACAGAAGAAAGGUUUGUUUCAGUUUUGUGCGCGUCCUAAAUUAUUUCGCGGCACAAACCGCGGUUUGAGCUUAUUUGCUUUAAUGCCUUUCCUGAUGUUUUGUAUUAUCUCUAGGUUCAGUCUGCCAAAGCAGUCAUCGACAACAAACCUCCCCAGACUUAUAUGCAUUUGCAUCUAAAGUUAAAGAAGUUACAGGUAUUGUGAAUGUUUGAAUUGAAUGGCGCAAUAGCGCAGAAUCUUUUUUCGUAUCAUACCAACGUAUAGUACAUCUAAAGUUGUGUAAACAGACGUAGAGAACUCUCUGUCUGAUUAGAUUGUAUAUUCAAAAGAGGUUUGUGUUUGGACGAUUUUAAGCACAGAUUGGGGUGUAGAAGAAAUACGUGCAGAUGGCCGUAUAGUUGCUAAUUUUACGGGCGAUUAGCGUGUAUUGUAUUGACAAUGAAUUGAUGUUUGUUGCAAAGUAGUUAAAAUUGCGAAAGGAAUCGUUGGCUCUAAUCGUCCACUCUCUGGUAGAAAUUUCAUGGCAUCCUGCUGUUUAAGAUUAUUGUACCAUUACACCACUUUAGUGCUUUAUUUCGCGCAGAAUUGUCGAAAAUCGCGAAGGUAUUUCGAUGUUUUCACGCCAGCUGAAACACGACGGGUAAAUUUUUGCAGUUUGUUCCUGUUUGUUCAGAGUCAAGUUACUAAUUGAAAUGAUGAACUCACUUCCCCGUGUCAUCGAAAUAAUAUGCUCGCGUUAGAAUACAGCUUUGUCUUCAUUGAAUAUUGUUUACUGCUUUUGAAAUGGAAAUUUUGAUCGAACAAAGCGAAGCAAUGUCCAAAAAUGUUAAAAUCUCAUUAGCACAUUUUUCUCAACGCGUCGAGGCACGUAAGAAAUUAUUUAGCUAUGCUAAUUUACAAACAAACAAUGCUCUUCGUCCUUAAAGGGAAACCUAAUUGAACGUGCUUUCAACCCGCGUCUCCAAGGCUUUAAAGAUGGAGUCCUUAGAGCAAAACUUAAGUGAACAAAGCCUGAAGUUCAUGCAUGAAUUGAACGGCGAUCAAAUUUUGGGAAAAGGAAAUGACAUUGGAAUGAAACAGAGAACAGCAAUUUGAGUCCAUUUCAGUUAUCUCUUGUUUAGAAUGUUAUACUGCUAAAUUUAGUCGAUACACACGAAUAUUUUUGUAGGCGGGAUAUUUCUGAUAAAAAAAAUUUGUUUUUGAGUAUAUAUCAAUUUUCUGAGGCACAUUAUCAAGUAGUUUUAAUCUCCUUGGCAACGGUUCAAGUAUUUUUGUUAUUUUUUAUUAACCUAUAACAAUGACUAAAAUCAUUCUUUUUAGGUGGAGGAAGAGAGAUUAGCCACAAUAGAAAGAGACAAUCGUAUUCUGCUGGAAAAGAUGUCGUUUGUUAUGAGGACACGAGGCAGAGUUGACAACAGAAAUGAUUAUGAACACAAGAGUCUGAACAAGACAAAAAGACAGAGAGAACUCCUUAGAGUUACUCAUGAAAAUCAGGCAAGAAACAAUAAUGGUUUAUGGAAAGGGCUUUAGACCGCAAACAAUGCCUUUGAUCUUGUAUUAUUUUUGCUGGGUUGCAAAAGAGUUAAGCUAAGUUGUACCCUUUGUCAAGAAAAAGUUGACUCAUGAAGAGUAAAUUCAAUGCCAGAUGCUGGUGUUUACAACCUUUACCAAAAAAUUCCUGGCAACAAGGAAAAGGGGGGGUGGGAGGAUGAGGAGUGAAAUUCUCCACAUCCACAUUUAUCUCUGACUCUCAUCUCCCAUCCUGUACUGCAAAACCCUACAAGUUUUUUUUUUGUUUUUUUUACAACACUUUAAGACAAUGUGUUGGAAGUGAUAGUGUGCUAUUAUGUCUUUUAUGACAAGAUGAAAAUUCACUCAUUUUCAUCAAGUUUUCAUUGAUAUUUCCACAGGCUAUUUUGAAGAGGAUAACUGCAAAAGAACCACAUUAUAAUCAUCUUCAAUGGGUAAAGAAGAGUAACUCUGUUGUACCAUCAUUUUUUUAUUCUUGUAAUCAUGUUAAGUAGACAGAUACUUCAAACAUUUCCACUUCAUUUCCCAAACAAGGGCUGGUUAUUGAGGCCUUAAAAAUGAUGACUGCACAGGAAAUUGCUUUGAGUGGGUUUUUAUUCUGAGGAGGGUGGGGUCCCUGGGUAGGCUGUUAAACCCCUAGCUACUGAACUGAGUAUUUCUGAUCAUGCUUUUCAGGAGGAUGAAUGGCAAAUCAAUGAAACAUAUAUGGACAAUAUUUCCAAGUAUCCAAAGGAUUGGUACAAACAGCUGAUGAGCAAGAAGAAACCAAAGGAAGGAGAGAAAACUGAGCAAGCUAAAGGAGACAAGAGACACAGCAUAUAUUCUGUGGAAAGUGGAAAGGAAGGUAAGAACAAACCUGAACCAACUGAUAAUGAUGAAGGUGCAGACAAUGGAAACAAAGUUGAAGAAGACAAAGAGGCUGUUAAAGAAUAAUGGCAGUAAUUAAUUUAUGAAUUAUGAGAGUGCAAUGUUUAAGAUUUAUCAUUUUAUACCAUUUUAAUUGUACAAAAGAUUUUUUAUCAGACAAGUGUGAUAAUUUGAAGUUUGUUACCUUUGCAUUUUUGUUUUUUUCUUUUCAAAAAAGCAAUUUUCAUUUUUCUUAUGACUUUAAAAGUCUGCACCUCAAUAUAUUUCUGUGCUGUAAGAGGAAAUAAAGUAAACUCUUUCCACUUAAUGUACAGUAAAUAUGUAGUUUCUAUGACUGUUAAAAAAAAACCUUAGAGCCUGCUGAAAUACUUUCUGCAGCUUUGAAUGAGUGAAUUAAUUUCUUUUUAGAACUGAAUUUUUGCAACUUUUUUUAAAGGACAACUAAACUAUUUUUCAGAGUGAGACAAUGAAGCCUGAGGCUGACAUGAAAUAAAGUGUGAACAAUCCCAAAGCUUGUGUGAAUUUAUUUCAUUAUAUUUUUUUACUUUGAUUAAUGUGAAGCACCAAAAGUUU